AUGGAUAUGACAAUUCAAGACGACAUCUUUGACAAACUUCCAGCCGAGUUAAAUAUCCAGGUAUUCUCUUACCUAUCCCCUGGAGACCUCUCGUCCGCCGUCCAUGCCUCUCCGUCUCUAGCAAGAGUCUAUCUAUGGAACCGCGAUCCAAUUCUGAGUCCUCGUUUACCAAACUUCUUCCUUCGCUUUGGUCAGAUCGACGCGGUUCCUAUGAUUGAGUUUCUUUCAGAGCUUCGAUCGAUCCGGGACCGACACACGACAAUAGCCGAUAUCGAGAAGCACAUUGAGCCUGUUCUCGACGCCAUGCUCAGACUCGACAUAUACAGGAGGCCAGAAAGAUGGAGACUGGGUUUGUCGACACUCGUCAAAGCAGACAUCCUGAUACCCGAAAUGCAGGAGUCAUUUAUGGAUCACUGCAGAACAGCGGGAGACACACCGCUGGAAUCGGAGAACCAGUGGUUGUCCUUUGACCAGAUGCCUUCAAAGUUGAUCUGGUUGUUUGCAAAAAUCUACUUGGCGUUUGAAUGUCACUGCAGCAUAUUCAACCACUCCGACGGUGUCAUGCUGCAAUCAAGAAGCAACAACGCUGAUGCCCUUUUCUUGCGCGACAUUCGUGAUGUGACAGAGCUUCAUGGAACUGUCUUUGAACAGUUCUGUCAACAUUGUUGCCUUUACCGGAGGCAUGAAUAUCUCUACGAGGAGGCACUCGAUUGCUUGGAUGCUGAGCAGAGUCCCUUGAUAGAUGGCUCAAUCUCCAUCUCCAUGCACGAUACGGUAUUAAGAAAUAUGGCUAUCCAAGGAUAUCGUUACCACGUUUACAUGGAGGAUCUUGUCGAGAAGCAUGCAGACAUAGAAAGAUACAUAUGGGAGGUAGCCAGAAUGGCGAAGCGGGUUGCCCCUCAUCUAUUCUAA